GUGAAUUAUAGGAUAAGUAAGCUGUCAAAAAUCGUCCUGCCCGACCAACACGCAGUGUCGCCGCAGCGUCGGGAAAGUCCCGACAUGUUGGAACCUCUCGCUUUGUGCUUACUUGAAUCGUACAGCAUUUGUUGUUCAGUCGCUUAUGCGAUUGUUACAAUUGAAAAUCAUUCGGAGGGAUGGGACACCUUAAGCGGAGGCUUCGGAUACUCACCGUUCCGGAGAUUUAUGGACUGCGGUCGUUCCUUGCUGUGUCGAGAACCCCGCUGUCAAGCACCAAGGCAGGAUAUUCGCGUUUCGGACUCCGAUGAAGUUCUAUGCGCGCUCCGGGCCCCAGUCAGGCGGUUCUGUUCUUCACACAUGCAAGUAGAUUUCGUCCUAGUCUGGGUAUAUCGACAAAGUUCUUGUGCGAACGGACGAAACGCUUUAGGCGGUGUGUGUGUCUCUCUCCAAUUCAAAUCCAAUUCCACCAUACAAAUUUCAUCCCAGAUAACUGCGAGCGUACAAUACUGGCUAGACUGGCUGUCAAAUGUUCUUGAUAAAUGACCCGAAUAUCAAAAGGCCUAGUACUAGCGCCUCUUGACCCGCACGGGUAGAACCUUCACGGGAGAAUCAUAGUCACCCGCCUUGGCAUGAGAUGACAUUUGCCGCUGUGUCAGCCUUGCCUUGACGCUAGGGUCAAACGGUACUUGACUUGUUUGAGUGUUGAAGUUCAGGUCGGACUCCGCGGUGAAAAUUGCCGAUUUGAGAGAUAAAUAACGAGCGAUUCAUAAAUCAUGAUAG